UUCAUGGACCUGGGCUUUUGGGCCGUGGGAACACUCCAUAGCACGGCGACCCUGUCCAUUCAGAGUGGGCCUGCGGUUUGUAUGGGCUUCGGCUCAUGCACCGUCUCAAUAUUUUCCUGUUCCGCCACGGCCACUCGGCUAGGCGGGCCCCUUUUUUUGCUGAGGCAAGAUGACGAGACGACUCAUUUCCCCGAAGUCGAUAAAAUUAGCGAGAGAAAUAAAGAGAUGUCCAGUUGUGGGACGGUUGAUUUC